AUGGAAUUAAAACCAGAGAGGUUUUUGAGUAGUGAGAGAAAUGGCGGUGAAGCGUUUGAUAUUACUGGAAGGAAAGAGAUUAAAAUGAUGCCAUUUGGGGUGGGAAGAAAAAUGUGCCCAGGAUAUGUUCUGGCAAUGCUUCAUGUGGAGUACUUUGUGGCGAAUCUGGUUUGGAGUUUUGAGUGGAAGGUUUCAAAUAGUGAAGUUGAUUUGUCUGAGAAACAGGAACUGUCCGUCGUUAUGAAGAAUCCAUUACAGGCAUAUUUAUCUCCAAGAAUCACUCGGAUAUUGUUCCGCGAGCGGUGGCAGGAAUUGUUCCAGACUCGGAAAGAACAGGAAAGUGUUCUGAUUCCACUGAUCAGAGCGAGGAAGAAAGCCAAGGAAGAGAGAUUAACCAGAGCUGAAGAGGACAGUGAUAACUCUGAUCGAGUUAUUGUGCCUUAUGUGGAUACUUUGCUGGAUUUGGAGUGGCCAGAGGAGAAGCGUAGUCUUGAAGAAUCUGAAAUUGUUUCUGUAAGUUCAGAGUUCAUAAAUGCAGGCACAGACACAACAGCUACGGCGCUGCAAUGGAUUAUGGCAAAUUUAGUGAAAUACCCACAUAUACAAGAGAGGCUUGUGGAGGAAAUUAGAGGUGUGAUGGGAGAUAGAAAGGAGAAAGAAGUAAAAGAGGAGGAUCUGAACAAAUUGCCAUAUCUUAAAGCUGUGAUUUUGGAGGGACUAAGGCGUCACCCACCCGCACAUUUUGUUCUGCCACAUGCAGUGAAAGAGGAUGUGGUAUUGAAUGGUUUCUUGAUACCCAAAAAUGGAACUAUAAAUUUCUUAGUUGCAGAGAUGGGAUGGGACCCAAAGGUGUGGGAGAAUCCAAUGGAAUUUAAGCCAGAGAGAUUCUUGAGCAUGGAGAAGGAUGGAGAUGAAGUGUUUGAUAUUACAGGAAGCAAAGAGAUAAAGAUGAUACCCUUUGGAGCAGGGAGAAGAAUCUGUCCGGGCUAUAAUUUGGCAAUGUUUCAUUUGGAGUACUUUGUGGCCAAUCUGUUUUGGAAUUUUGAGUGGAAGGUUUCAAAUGGUGAUGUUGAUUUAUCUGAGAACCAGGUGUUCACUGUGAUGAUGAAGAAUCCAUUACAAGUUCAUAUAUCUCCAAGAGUUUAA